AGAGAGAGAGAAAGAGAGAGAUGUGUGGGAUUGCUGUAGUACUGUGCGGUGUUCGUAUCGAAUUGUCUGACCUUCCUUUUCUCUCGGCCUCUCCUUCCUUCUUUGUCGAGCGUUUGCAAUUCUCUGCUGAAGACAUCAGAGCUGUGUUAGGCCGAAGAGGUCCCGAUAGUUUAGGUGAAAAGAAGAUUUAUCUUCAACCAAACGUCGCAACCUCUGCUGAAACUCGUGAAGAAACUCGUGAGCUCGUGAACACACAGUAUAAUGGUGAAAUUCAUUUUAUAGGUUCCACUUUACAGCUUAGAGGAACCACUCCUAUAAGCCAGCCGUUGGUGGAUUCUUCCGGGAACAUUCUUGUAUACAAUGGUGAAGUAUUUGAAGGGAUUACCAUCAACAGUUGUGAUAAUGACACUGAGGUUCUUUUAGAGUCUCUGGGGAAAGCGGGAAUAUCUGUUCCUGAUGUUCUUUCAAAGAUUAAGGGUCCAUGGGCCAUUACAUAUUGGCAGGAAAGCUUGAGAACAUUGUGGUUUGGUAGAGAUGCUUUUGGUCGGAGGAGCCUCCUUGUCCACUGGCCAACUGUAGAGGAUUCUCGUUUCCUUCUAUCUUCUGUUUCACCGUCUUCGUCUGUGAGAGACAGUUCUGGAUUAGAUGCUGUAAAUGGAAACAACAACCAUAGGUUUUGGGAAGAGCUUCCAUGUGGGAUAUACAGCAUAACCAUGAAGGCUGAAGCAUCCGAUGUAUCUCUUCUUGGUGAAGUUACGAAACAUGAAUGGAGAAGUAACAUGUUGAAAGAACUGAUUGAAUGGGAAAGGAAUUUUGUUGUGCCAAGGCCUGAAGACCUAUCCAGUGCACUUACAACUUCUUCAGGACUAGUGCAGACAGUACUGGCUGCUUUGAAGAAAUCUGUGAUGCGGAGGACAUCGAUGUAUAGGAUUUUUCAGGGAGACAAGGAAAUCGCCCCGGUAGCUGUUCUUUUCUCUGGUGGAUUAGAUUCAAUGAUUCUUGCUGCACUGUUGGAUCAGUGCCUUGAUCCAAAAUAUGAAAUUGAUUUGCUUAAUGUCAGCUUUGACGGUCCAUAUGCUCCUGAUAGAGUAUCUGCCAAGGCUGGAGUAAUAGAGCUUGAAAAUAUUGCACCCAUGAGAAGGUGGAAGCUGGUGGAGAUUGAUGCUGAUUUGUCAAAACUGACCCAUGAGACAAAGCAUGUCAUGUCACUCAUAAAUCCUGCAGACACAUACAUGGACUUGAACAUUGGAACAGCCUUAUGGCUUGCUGCUCGGGGCGAUGGUUGGAUUUACAAGGGUGGCAGAGAUCAAACGUUAGAAGAUAAUCAGCGUGUUAAAUACAAGUCCGAGGCUAGAGUUCUGCUUAUUGGGGCAGGUGCUGAUGAGCAAUGUGCUGGCUAUGGUAGGCACAGAACAAAGUUUAGGAAUGGAAGUUGGGUUAGCCUUCAUAAAGAGAUGAAAUUGGAUAUGCAGAGAAUUUGGAAAAGGAACCUUGGCAGGGAUGACCGAUGCAUUGCAGAUAUCGGAAAAGAGGCAAGAUUUCCAUUUUUAGACGAGGAUGUGAUAAAGACUCUCCUUGACCUUCCCUUGUGGGAAAUCACGAAUCUUGAGCAACCGAGUGGAACGGGUGACAAAAAGAUUCUCAGAGAGGUUGCGCGAUCGGUUGGUCUACAUGAAGUUGCUGGGAUGCCCAAAAGAGCAAUACAGUUUGGGUCAAGAAUUGCUCGGGAAUCAAAUCGGAAGAACUUUGGAAGUAACCGUGCUGCGAAUCAAGCCUCAGCUGGAAGUGUACGAUUCAUCGCACCAUCGGAAUAAAGCUUCUGUUAGUGUAAGCCUGUUGCUGUUGUUGUUGCUGUGCGGAUGAAUAUGGAACCUCCCUGGAAACCAGAGGCUUCGCUCUUCUUCCAUGAUCUGCUUGCGUUUUCCGACACAAGAAUAUGUAAAAUACCCCCUGUUCUUUUUAUCCCACCAUGCAGCAAAACCCAUGGAUGAUCACAGCAUAAAACCUUUGUGUUCAUGCUGUGAAACUGGUACAUUUUUACAAUUCUGGAGUUUGAAUCUUUGUAGUUUUGAAUUCUAUUUAUUUAAUAUUAAAGGAAGAAUACAAAGACAGAAAAAAAAAAGACCAUUUACAUCAUAACA